AUGCUAAAGAAAAGGAAACCGGCAAAGCUGUCUCCCCCAGAAGCUGAAGCCAUCACCGCAGUCCUCCACGAGUACGGAGCAGCUCUAAAGAGCCGCAACGUCGAGGACGUCGUCAACCUCUACACGUCUGACGGCGUCAUCAUGCCGCCUCACUUCACAGCCACCGUGGGCACAGCCGCACUUCGCGAAUCCUACACGCGCAUCUUCUCGACGGUUCAGCUCGUCAUCACAUUUUCAAUAGAGGAGAUUGUCAUCAUGUCUCCGGAUUGGGCAUUCGCGAGGACGACCGCUGAGGGCACCAAGACGAUGCUGGCGACACAGGCGUCCGAGGAGCAUGCGAACCAGGAGCUUUUCAUCAUGAAGAAAGAGGAUGGGGGUUGGAAGAUUGCGAGAUACGCUUUUUCGACGAUGAAGCCUCUGGUUCAAGAUGGUGUACGGAGGAGUUGA